AUGGACGGAUUCUUGGCAGGACUCCGACUCAGAUGGAUCACUGAUUUAGCUUUUUCCGGUUCAUUGACCGUCUCCUUUGAAUUCCUGGCUAUCUGGUUGGUUCUGAAAAUGGGUAGCUCAACUUACUGGGACCUAGUUGAUAUUCGAAAAAGCAUGACUCCAAAUUAUGGUUACUCACGGAUAUGA